AUGGACGGACAGGACACUGGCGCUCUGCCAAAGCCCAAGCCCAAGCCAAAAAGGUUCAUUCCGGUGCCCCCGGAGUACCGUCGCCUCACUCAUACUACAGAACGCGAGCACAUCGUCAACGAGAUCAAGAUCAACACUGGCUGCGAUGUCAUCCCCAAAUGGGACGCUGGGUAUAUCACUCAGUUCGCCAUUGCUGGACAAGGUGCAGGCCUUGAGAAGGCCGUCCGAUACAUUAACCACUGGAUCUCUAACGCGCAUAUCAAGUCAAAAGACUCAUCAUCAUGGGCGAAGACACCUGCAUUCGAUCAUAACAAAUGGUACUACGACAGCAUUGAAGAGCGAGAGCGUCAGCGGAAGGACGAGUUCAAGGGCAAGGCGCCUGAGGUAUCAAAAGGCGAGAUGCCACUGGCGAGCAUCAUCGUGUGCUGGCCGGAGGACCUCCUCAACGAAGGCGUCACUCCUCGCGAUGUCUUCAAUAACAAGCUAGAAGCGCUUAACGCCAUUCGGACUCAGAACGAGCAUGUAAUCAACAUGAUUCUUGAUGAGAAAGAGGGCUUGGAGGUUGUUCUGGAGGAGGCUGACGCGUGGUGGCCGAACCUUCAAGAUCGAGUCGUACCUCGCCUCCUCUCCAGUGGGAUAAUGGAAACCUCCGGCAGUUUCCGCAAUGAGAUCAUGCACUUCACGCAGCUUUCAAAGAUCCAGCAUUCAUUUCAGCUGGCCCUUGAAGCUGUGCGCCACACGAAAGGCGCGUACGAUAUGGCUAUUCGGCUAGGGUGCCUGGCUCUGAGCUCAAGACAUAUCAAGGAGGAUAAGAUUGGCCAGAAGUUCGGGAAGGAGAUAUUCUUGAAGUCGAUUAACGGACCUGUUACAGUUGAGAUAAAGAAGUGGCUUGCUGAUGAUGCACUGGGCUCGCAAAUCCUGGGAGCACUCUGCAUGGCCAAUGAUUUCCUGGAGCCGACGAAGUCUUCUGCCUAUUUCGGUUAUACGCCGAAAUCGCUGCAAGACACUCGUCCAAUGUUCCGAGGAACGUGGGUGUUCACAGACCCCAGCAGCGUUGUUGCUCCACCGCGUGAGCCGGUAGCUGUGCGCCAUGCUGGACGUCCGAAAGCGCCUCCCCAAGCUCCUGCUAGUACAACCACUCCAUCCGCAGCGCCGCAGUCCGAACUCAUCGUUGUUCAGGUCGACUGGACUGAUGACGAGGAGGGCUUGUACGAGAAGACAACAACCCGGUUCUACAAAAUUGAUCAGGGUCGUAAAACACCAAAGAAGAACAUGGAUAUCAAUCUGCUGGAGCUGGGAGAGAGCCGAGGAUGGCACUUCGCCCUUGAGUCCUUGAUUCCUGUGGCAGCGAAGAGCAUCUCGCCAGUCAUUACUGGCUUCGCUGAUCGAGUCAAGAUGAGACCCAACCACGAUUAUCGUUCCACGGAAAGCUUCGCUGAGUGGGAUCAGACACCUACCGUCAAGAAGCACCUACGGAACGGCCGUCUGGAAACCAUCUACUCAUUCGGCAUCAAGCAGACCUGCUACAAGGUUGAGGCUACUUGUAUGUGGUACCCAGGACAGAGACUUCCCGUCUGGGGUCUCUGUGUCCGCCACUCUGAAUGGGCUACUCAUCUUGCGGAACUUGAGCGUCUCCCUGUAGGUCGAAAGGCCGACUGGGGUCACACUGUGGCUACCUUCCUGCCAGAUGACGGACAGUCUUGCUACUCCAGCGCGGUUGAGGACGAGGACUUCGGAAUGAGGAACCUCGAUCUGGGCCCUGGCGUUGAAGCACCACCACGCGAUGGUAUCCGCAUCCUCAUGGACAAGCUGCUUCAGCUAUCAGCCAUCGUCAGUUCUGUCACAGACAUGGGAGGCGUCGCUAUCUAA